GGGUUGAGCGCGACCUGGCGGGCGGGAGGAGUCAGCUCCUCGGGAGGCGCGGCGCCUGAAUCACCAUGGCGGCGGCAGGAGGGAGCGGGCCGGAGCAGAAACGUGGGAUCAGUGAUGGAGCGAACAGGCGAAGGAAGGGGUCCGGGACCCAUUGCCACGCCUACAUGGUCAUUUAUAACGUGGUGAUGACGGCCGGGUGGCUAGUCAUUGCAGUUGGUCUGAUUCGAGCUGGGCUGGCCCGGGGCACCUACCAUGGUCUCUACUAUUCCAUCGAGAAACCGCUGAAGUUCUUCCAAACAGGAGCAUUGCUGGAGAUCCUUCAUUGUGCUGUGGGAAUUGUUCCAUCCUCUGUGGUCCUGACUGGAUUCCAGGUGAUGUCGCGUGUAUUCUUGACCUGGGCAGUUACACACAGUGUGAAACAGGUGCAGAGCGAGGACAGUGUGCUCCUGUUCAUUGCUGCCUGGACACUGACUGAGAUUGUGCGAUAUUCCUUUUACACUUUCAGCCUGCUGAACCAUCUGCCCUACCCCAUCAAGUGGGCCAGGUACUCACUGUUUAUUGCUCUGUAUCCAAUGGGAGUCACAGGGGAGUUGCUGACCAUAUACGCUGCUCUGCCUCACGUUCGAAGGACUGGCUUGUAUUCUGUGACCCUUCCAAACAAGUACAAUGUCUCCUUUGACUACUACACAGUCCUGAUCAUGGUCAUGAUUUCCUACAUUCCAAUUUUUCCCCAGCUCUAUUUCCACAUGCUUCGCCAGAGGAGGAGAGUCCUGAGCACUGCAGAACCGAGCAAGAAGAGCGAAUAGCCACACUGCCACCUUCUAGGGAAAUGGGCGUUGGUAGAAGGGCUUCCACCCCAAAUCAAGCUGAUUUCUGUUCCAUUCGAUUGUUGUCAGUGUCUGAUGAACUCGGCACACGCUGUUUCCAUUGGGCCACUUUGUGACAGAUGAUUGACAUAAAGAUGCUGUGCUAAUUGCACUAGUAGCAUGAAUUUUGAUUGUACUCCCGACGUGUUGGGUGGGGAUAAUGACAGACUUUCUAGCUGCUUAUAAUCACUGUCAUAAAGUGUCCUGGGGAGUGAUGUCUAUCAAGGUUCGAGUUCCAUGUCACGCUCUUCAGUAGCAUUUCUUCCCAAUUAUAUUGCAUGGGAUAGCAGAUUCCCUUGAUUCCUGGAGCCAAAAGGGCAGUGAAUCUCACUCCUGGCCUUUUGCUGUAAAUGAAAAUCUUGCAGCAGGUAAUGAGACCUGUUAUAUGUCUGUGCAUUGAAGAGGUCAGAUCCUUGCUGCUGAUGGGUGCUGUUGAGGAACAGGCAGUGGAUGUUCAUUGUCGCUUGCUCCAGUACACAGCCCCUCGUGACAGCAGUCCCAGGAAUGGGACUAAGGUGAGGGAGAUAUCCUUGAAGUGAUCACAAUGGCAGCCUGGCAGAGCUUACUUUAAUAGCUUUGCACUGUUGAAUAGCUAAGUUAGCAGUUCCACACAACCAUGCUGCUUGUUGACCCAAGCCUGGUUGAGUUGCCAGUUCAAGUUGGAUGCAGACACAAGACUACAGAUGCUGGAAUCUGGAGCAAGAAACAAUCUGCUGGAAGAUCUCAGCAGGUCGAGCAGCAUCUGUGGGAGGAAAGAAAUUGUCAACAUUUCAGGUGGAUUUCGACCCGAAACAUCGACAGUUCCUUUCCUCCCACUCAUGCUGCUCGACCCGCUGAGUUCUUGCAGCAGAUUGUUUGUUGCUCCAGGUUGGAUGCACUCCUGGAGUCGUCACGUGACCUCCCCCUUCCUGCUCCCUCGCCCCAGUGUUUGAUCAUCCAAUACACUGUAUGUGGUGGUACAACAUCUUCCUCCACCAAUCAGAAAGCAUCUAGGCCCGUUAUUCCCCAAUGGAUAUUCUUGACCACCGAGCUAGUGCUCGGUGAAAAUUUAAGAAGUUUCAAAACCCCUGUUAGUCUUCUCAAUCAUCUUGCUCGCAUCAUUUUUUUAAUUCCAAGGGAUUUCAGAGCAAACCCGAUAGGUUGGAAACCCUAGGUUGCUGAUAACAUUGGUAUCACUGGCCAUAGUUUGCAUUGACAAUGGAGCCAUAUUCGGAUUCUCCACUGUAACCUCUUUGUUUUCUGUCCCCUUCUGCCUUUUCCCAUUUCCCAGCAACAACUAUAUGUUGAAAGUAUGAUCCCUGCUUACCCUUCCUAUUUUGAGAUCAGAGUUGAAGAUACACAGCAAAAUACUGCUCGUUCAGAGGAACCUGACUUGGUGGAAGUUUUUUUCCAGCAAUUUUGACCAACCCAAACCUUAAAUGCUCAGUUUACAUUCAGACUGCACUGAUAAUUCCUCCUCAGUUUUUUUUAAAGGACCUCAUGGGCUCUAAUCUGUUAACAAACUUUUUAACUAAAGGUGUAAGAGCAAGGCUGGUUCAGUCAAUGCUGCACAGACUCUCAGUUCUUUUGUAUAUUAGGAAUUGCUUUUUAUAAUUAAGGAUAUUUAAACUCCUAAGCGUUCCAGAAUUUGCACUUUUUUGCAUGGGAGCAUUUGUAAUGAAAUUUUUUGCAAGUAUAUCUUGGUAGCUGUAUGGGGCAGGGGUUGGGGAGUAAAUAACUGGUUCAUGUGAUUCUACUGAUAGUUGUUCACCUAUUUGUUAAUCCUUUAGGAAAUGAGCAUGAUUUUCAUUGAUACGCAUUGUGUCUCCUUAAAGUACGGUCCCUUUUGAAAGUGCAUGUUUUAUAGUACAGUCGCCAAGAACUGCAGAUGAAAGUCCACCAGGAGCAGGACAUCUUUGCUUUAACUUAUUUUAUCUGUCUUGUUGACGAAAUUGUAGACUAGAUCCUGAGUUUGAAGGAAUUACUCUUGCAUGGUAACUCAGGCACAGACCAGGUCAAAGGUGCUCCAGUCCGUGUUAAUAAACUCUCGUGAAAUAGCAA